AUGAUUGCAGACGAUGGCGUUGCUGACGUUGCAGUCGGCUCUGUGGAAGAACCUCCUCGUUCUGCAUUUUCCACUUUCUUUCGAAGCGUGCUAUUCCAGAUGAUAAUGUUUGGAGCACUAUCACUGGUCGGACCAGCCAUGUCGGAUGCCAUUUCCAAUCUUGGUGGUGGAGGACUAUCCACACCAUGGAUAGCAAAUCUUGCAAACUCGCUGAAUUACACAAUGAGCUUUUGCAGUACUAUUCUAGGGGGUCCGGUCAUCAAUAGAAUUGGCAUCAAAUGGUCUUGCAUGAUCGCGGCUCUGGCAAUGCCGCUGUUUGGAUCUGCAUACUAUGUGAAUGCGAGGUACAAUGUUGAAUCAUAUCUCUUGACUGCAAAUGUUAUCGGAGGUAUUGCGUCUGGGUUCCUUUAUGUCGGCGAGACCACUGCGAUGCUGUCGUAUCCCAAUCCGGAAGACCGUGGAUUCUACCUCGGUAUAUGGUCUGCGAUGCGAAAUUCUGGUAGUGUUAUUGGCGGUGCGAUUAACUUCUCAACAAACUACGACAGGGCAGGGAGUGGAGGUAUCGCGUGGACAACAUACCUGAUAUUCGUUGGCCUUGAAUGUACUGGAUUCAUAUGGGCGUUUCUUCUGUCUCCAACCGCAAAAGUACGUCGCCGCAAUGGUGGCAAAGUUUCCAUGUCUCGUCGAGCGUCAUGGAAACAGGAAUUUACUGCUUUAUGGGUAUACUUGCAAAGAGAUAAGACUUGGCUCAUCUUCUUGCCAUCAUUUUACUCUUUCUUCUAUGGAGGAACCAUGGGCACGUACCUAGCUCGUCAUUUUUCGGUACGAGCUCGCGCUUUGUCCUCUUUAUUAGUCCCGGUCAUAACCAUACCAUCCGUCAUCACAUUUGGCAAGCUACUGGACAGUACCCUUUGGUCGCAGCGUCGUCGAGCGUGGACAGCAAUGAUGGCCUGGUUACUACCACAGAUAGCUUGUUUCAUUUGGGUUGCAUACGAAUACCAUGAGCUUGGUGAAAAGUCUGCACUGGAUCCAAAAUUGCAAUCAAAAAUAUGGGCUAAAGCUUACGUGCCAUACCUGAUAAUCUUUGUUACAGGUUACUGGACUCAGCUUACAUUAUACUGGAUUCUGGGCAUAUAUUCAAAAGAUAUUGAAGUUGCUUCGCGCGCAGGAGGUGUCUUCCGCGCUUUCGAAACCUCCGGACAAGCGGUGUCGUACGGACUAAGCUCAGCAAGUCACAUCAAACACGUCAUUCCGCUCUAUGUUAAUUGCGGUGUACUGGCUCUUGUGAUCCCAAGCAUGAUCUUGUUAAUCAGCGGGAUGCCAAAGAACUCAACUAGUAUUGGGAGUAUCGAGCAGCCGGUCCAUGUCGAUAAUGAGAUCACAAAGGAAAGUUGA